CCGUAUUCUGUUGCUUUCCGUUUUUUUGGCGCGGGUUUGGCUGGGGGUUGUCUUGGAUGGCGCAAGAUUGUUUUUUUUUUCUGUCCGGUGGGACUCCGUCAGCCCCCAUUCCAGCGGGAAAUAGUUGCAGUUGCUGAGUUGCCGAGAUGAGUGGCCCACAGAGCGCAGGAUGGAUCCCGACAAUACCACAGCCCCAGUACAUAAGCCCCAAGGAAGCCGUGCCCUAUAUACAACUUAGCUCUUGUUCUGCACUUUCUAGUUCCGAAAUUGUAGGCUAUUCUUGCUUUAAGUUGAUGAACAAAGUAUGUCCAAUAUGGAUGCCAGCGUCUGCUUGGCAGGCAACACAACUGUCCCUGUCAUUAUCUCAGAUCGCCACGCCUGCGAUCCCGGAUACUACUGCCCGCAUGUCGACAGCAAAAACCCAGCGUCCUUACCAUCUUACUGCGCUCCGACGGAUGACUGUCAGCUGCUGAGGUUACAGGGAAAAGCUUGCCAGGCGCAGGGAUUGUAUGAGCCCGUUGUCUGUCCUUCUGGGUACUACUGUCCCGAUUGGAAGACGAUGAUCAGAUGCCCGUCUGGAUAUUACUGCCAUUCUGGAUCCAGCGCUCCAAUAAAGUGUGACAGUCUUUCGAUCUGCGGCGAGGGAACGCAUUCGCAAAUGUACUAUGGCCCGCUUAUCUUUGCUUUGCUCCUCGACUUUGUUCUUUUUGCGUUCGUUCUGGCUCGUCGUGUUGCCGCUUUGAAGGCAUCAGAGACCCCCUUGAGCGUAAUGUUGCCAGCGUGGUCCCAGCGGUUUCUGCGAAAAGACGCGGAUGUUAAGGAGACGGAGAACAUGGUCGCUCAUCAGACGAUUCAGCUGGACCUUAUUAAAAAGGAUGACCCCGAGAUUGUGCCAUACAGCCCCCGCGAACGGUCAGUCAUUGACACCUCGUGCCUUGUCAAGGGCUUCAGCCGAGCGUUGGGAGGCCGAACGGAUCUUAGCAUGAACUUUAAAUUCCGAAACCUUUCCCUCGUACUUCCUGAUGGCAAGCCGAUCCUGAGCGGAGUGACCGGCGAGAUUCGCCCGGGGAGAAUGACGGCUAUUAUGGGUCCCUCUGGAGCAGGCAAGACAACAUUCAUGAACGUCUUGAUGGGAAAAGUGAAGCGCACGGGCGGUACACUGUACGUCAAUGGCCAGGAAUCAGAGAUGCAUGUGUUUCGAAAAGUUAUUGGAUACGUCCCCCAGGAGGACAUCAUGUUACGUGAACUGACUGUAUGGGAGAAUGUACUGCAUUCCGCCAAAAUCAGGCUUCCCGGAGACUGGUCAGCAAAAGAUGUCGAGGAGCACGUACAUGGAGUGCUGUCGGCUCUAAAUCUGUCCCACGUCGCCCACACCAUCAUUGGUGAUGAAACUACGCGCGGCGUUUCUGGCGGUCAGCGUAAAAGGGUCAAUAUCGGCAUGGAACUCGCGGCGGUUCCGCUAGCCAUCUUCUUGGACGAGCCAACCUCGGGGUUGGAUGCCACUGCAGCCCUUGAUGUAGCGGACAUCAUGAGUAGUCUUACCCAUCUCGGGCUGACACUCGUAGCUGUUAUUCAUCAGCCCCGAGUGGAAAUCUUUGAGAGAUUUGAUGAUCUUUUGAUGAUUGCCCCUGGGGGUUUAACGGCGUACCUUGGCCCGGUGAACGAAGCCAAGACGUAUUUUGAGGCUAUGGGAUUUCAGUUUGCUCCAACUGCAAACACCGCCGACGUUCUCAUGGACAUCCUUUCGGGGCGCGGGAUAAACAACCUUCAGAACAUAACUGUUGACGAUCUAGUAGUUGCUUGGGAAAAACGGUCUGCCGGCGAUGGAGAUAUCGACGGUCUCCAAUCAGUAUCAGACACAGAGUUCCACGAACAUGUCCCGACACUUCGGCGAACACGCGGGGCAAACAUUUUCUGGCAAAUAUAUCACUGUCACAACCGCUACCUUGUCCAACAGGAACGUACUCUGUCCAGUUUAGUUCUCGAAGUCUUUGUCGGUACUGCUGCCGGUUUGCUUAUGGGUGUCGCGAUGGCCGAUCAAGGUGAACUCUACUAUGGGGUGUGGAAGCUGCCGUACACGAAGAUGAGUCCAGCCCCUCUGGAGUAUAUUGUUGCACUCUACGGGUUGUUGAUUGGAAUGAGUAUCGGGCUUGCCGGUGCUCCAGCGGGUGUAAAAGUUUUUGGUGAGGAAAAGCCGGUCUUUUGGAGAGAAGCUGCAGCCGGCCAUUCCAGAUUUUCCUACUAUGUUGGUAAAACCAUCGGCACCGUCUAUCGUUUCACCCUAUCUUCCCUACAUUUCAGCGCCGUAUACUACUUCUUUGCUCAGCCUUUAGUACCUUUCGCGAUUCAGUACGUUUUGAUUCUCCUUCAAUUUUUCGGGGUGUAUGGUGUCGCGGCUACGGUAUCGACUAUCGUGAAAAGGGACAAUGCGGCGCUCCUGGCGGUUGUCGUUGGGUUAUUCCAUGCUGUAUUCUCCGGGUUCGGUCCGACCCUGGUUCAGGCGCGGGACUGGGGCAUCGACUUUUUGUGGGCGAUCAGUUUCAACAAAUGGGCUGCUGAGGCGCAAUACUCGGAAUCCAUCAUGCCGUUUAAGGACGUGUAUUUAACGGAAGAAUCCGCUAAGGUAUUCGGAUACGUUACCGGACGCACCACACUGAGUGUUGUGUUGAUGCUUGCGAUUGGAUGCGUCUGGCGCAUUAUUGCGUUCGUGCUGCUUACUUUUGUUAAUCGGGAUAAGCAGAGAUAAGAUCUCUCCUCGGAUACUAUACCAUUCGUAGAAAUAUUCUAGAGUAUAUAUGGAAGCUUGUUGAAUGACGGAAUUUUAGGUGGGCGGUUAGGAGGAGGGUGGAAAUUCUAUAUCCGAAGUUCUUGUACUUCGGGACUUGGGGCAAGGUAGCAGGACAGUAGAGAUUGACCUGGUUUAUUAAAAGGAGUCGUUCUCUGAAUAAAAUCUGGACCGUGAUAUGCAGCGU